CAAAAGCUUGGCAUUAAACAGUUCCAUGUUUGUUUCGCUCAUUCGUACUUGUACAUGGAUUUGGUUGUAAAGCACUGAGGCAAGUAAUCCAUAAUAAAAAAAAAACAAUCCGCUCUUUGAUAUAAUAUGAGCAUUAAGUUAAAUGACUGUGUGCAGCUGUAGCAAGAGAGACGAAACGCGAAGAAGAAGUGUAUAAAAACAUCGACACGUCGCGCUAGUCCGAGUAAGUUUUACUGAGUUUUGUAACAUAUUUAUCAAGCUCUUUGAGUGGUCAGGUAUGGGCCUAUUGAAAGCCUAAACACGAGUCUCGAAAAUUUUUUGCAGUCGUUCAAAGUUUAAUUAGAAAAAAAAGCCGUAGAACCAUAUUCUUGAAUCAUGGAUGAGACGGUAAUGCUUAUUCUUCUUGUAAUUGUAAUGCUAGUCGGUUCCUAUAUAGCUGGAAGUAUACCGUUAAUCGUGACGCUGUCGGAGGAAAAACUAAAAAAUGUGUCUAUAUUUGGUGCUGGAUUGUUGGUAGGAACGGCCCUUACAGUCAUUAUACCAGAGGGAAUUCGUUCAUUGUACGACGAAAGCAAUCUAGAAGCUAAAUCCGUGGGUACCUCCCUUGCCCCGGGCCAUAAACACAGUGCUGAUGAACAUUCGUCCACAAUUGGGCUCUCGCUGGUGCUGGGAUUCGUCUUCAUGAUGCUUGUCGAUCAGGUGUCAUCGCGGCGCAAAGAAGGAUCCAAUGAGCGUAACUUAACAGCCACAAUCGGGUUGGUUGUCCACGCGGCUGCUGAUGGAGUAGCUUUGGGAGCGGCGGCCACUACCAAUCAUUCGGAUGUAGAGAUAAUUGUAUUUUUGGCCAUUAUGCUCCACAAAGCUCCGGCUGCCUUUGGGCUGGUCAGCUUCCUCCUGCAUGAAGGGAUAGAACGCCAGCGAAUACGAAAGCAUCUGCUCAUCUUUUCCCUGUCAGCUCCUUUGCUAACCAUGCUUACCUAUUUUGGAAUCGGCCGCGAACAGAAGGAAACUCUCGAAUCUUUAAAUGCUACUGGAAUAGCUAUGCUGUUUUCCGCUGGAACAUUCUUGUAUGUGGCCACUGUUCAUGUUCUACCGGAGUUGACCCAUAAUGCUGGCGGUCAUAGUCACGGAGGGCAUCUCGAUUAUAACAUGCUUGAACAGCAGUCAUCCGUUGUUGAUGGAAAAACAAUUAUCGUGCGCGGCGGAAGUGGUCUAAAAAAUACCGAACUGGUUUUACUGAUUCUCGGUGCCCUGAUGCCUUUGUUUUUAACCAUGGGACAUCAUCAUUAGAGUGUGUGUGUACGUGCACGCGCGUUGUGCCAGCGAAAUAUGAUAAUCGUGAUCAUUGCCAAAUUUUUUAUGGAAAUUAUCCGUCUAGGCGGAAGGAAAAUGCAAUUAAGGAAAGAUGAGCGAACAAACGGACAGCGAAAAUGGAACGACGAUGCCUAGUUGUGGUCAUUUCUAUAGAAAGAGAAAUAAGUAGAAUAAAGGUCAGGUAAAUUUUGAAUGAAUGUUGCUUGGUUUACGGUCGGUUAUUGUGAUGCAUACUCUGAUGUGUUUGCCUCUCCAAGGCUCGUCUUAGGAUAUAAGCGUAUUUUACACGUAUUCCAGAAGAGUUUCUGUUUAGAUUGGACAACUUAUUUUUAAGCGCAAUACAAAAGCAAUGCGAAAGACUAAGAUUGCUUGCUCGCAGGCUGGUUGACAUUUUUAUUUGUUAUAUAGCUUUAUCAUACAGAUAACGUUGUGUUUAGAUAGCGAGAAAGUUUUACACGAAGGCGGAGCAACCUCCGGUACGCGGCUCAAGGCAGUUGUAAACUAAUCAUGGUUAUGCCCUUCAGUAUGUUCACUAUAUCCGCAAAUCCUAUACACGAGUUCUCACCGAAAGACAAAAAAAAACACAAAUCUGAAUGUACCGUACGUGUUAUAUCAGGUAGAUUAGACUAUAUUCAUCAAAUGCGUGAACAAAGCCAAAACCAGACCGCGGGUUGUUCGCGCAAACCUCUACGGGAUUGAAGUUUAGCGUAGAAAACACGCAGACUGUUCUUGCCUAACUUAAACUGAAGUGUGGUGAAGCGUGUUUACGUACUGAAAAGUGAAAUGAACUGUUCCAAACUAUGAGUAGACAAUUAAUAAAACUAUGUAUAGCAUAACAGAAA